CAGACACGUAACAGAGAGGAGACAUGAACACUGUGGUGGGACUGCUGGUGCUGCUGGUCAGAGUUUCUCAUGGUGUGGAAACUCACUGUGAUGGCAGACAGGAUGGAGCUCAGUGUUAUGGAGCUUUGGGAGGAACUGUGGACAUCCAGCUGAUGAACAGAACCUCAGAAAUGUCAAGAUACCAGUUGUUAAAGAAUUCAUUAAAAAUACUACAUGUGAGAAAUAAUGAGGUGAUUCCUAAUAUCACAGAAAGGAGCUCUGCCUUUAAUUCCAGUUAUAGAACAUUUAGGAUCAAUAACCUGAAAAGGAAUGACAGUGGUAAAUAUACCCUUCAAACCUUUGAUUCAGAUGGAGGAGUAUCAGACGUAUGGACUUUACAGUUGUUUAUUCAAGCUCCUGUGUCCUCUGUCCUGCUGGUCUCUGAGUGUCUGUCCCAGGGAGAGAUGAGGGUGUCCUGCUCCUCUGAGGGAGGGGACAGUCCUCAGUACAGCUGGACUCUGGAUGGACGCACACUGACAGAUGCUGAGCUCUUUUCUGAAAAUAAUGAGACUAACAUCAUCACUCUGAAACAGAACGUCUCAGGACGUCUGGUCUGCUCAGUCAGGAACAACGUCAGUAAUGUCUCCAAAGAGGAGAGAAUAUCUACCUGUGGCUUCAUUUUCAUUAACUGCACCUUAAUCAAUGGGACACAGAUAUCAGGGUGGGUGUAUGAAGCCAAUUACACCCUGUGUAUUGAACCAACAACACAACCUACACGAGAACCAACAACAGAGUCUACACAAAGCAGCAUAGUGUCAAAGAAACACUCUGCUAACAGCAGUGAUGACCCAUCGAACAUUAGAUAUUUCCCACUGGUCGGUGUUGUUCUCUCAGCAGCUGUAAUUUACUUAGUUGUGGGUGUAGCACUCAUCUGUGAUCAGAGGAAAAAGCAAAACUACAGACCAACGGAACAAAAAGAUGAAGAAGGUGAGCAUGAAGUAACCUAUGCUAAUCUAGAGGUCAUGCAACUGCAGGAGAAGCAAGUGGAGCAAAUAGCAGAGGUGGAGGCAGAGGUGGAGUUUAGCCAAGUCCAGUUUUUCGAGCUGCCUCAGCACACUGAAACUACAGAAGACGAUUGCUUGUAUGCCAGGGUUCAUAAAGUCAGGUGAAUUAAGGGCUUCUAUGCAGAAUAACCACUGAAGAGCCACAGAGGGAGGACUUGUUGUCAAGAUGUGUGAAUGUCUCUCAUUUAUUGUGAUUUUCAGUGUACGAGCUUUUCAACCACAGCUUUUAUGAGUGUUUUUUUUUUCUUUUUUGUAUCCUGUUAAAGAUCUGAGAUUUCCUCCUGUUAUCAUUUAAGUGUGACAAAUUUCACUGCAGCAACACAGAAAAAGAGAACAUGGUGUUAAAAAAAAAUCUUGAGAAACAUUAGACAGUUAAAAUUGAUAGAUUAAGCAAUAUCAAAUUACUUCCUAUAGACAUAAUACUAGCAAUAUUUAUCAUUUUCUGGAUCUGGGGAAGUUGUGUUUUUAACAUCUUGGCAUCUUUUUUAUACUAACAAUUAUCUAAGAGCUGGUUUAACACACAUAUCUGGAGUGCACUUUGUCAGUGUAUUGACAAUAAAGCAGCUCAGCCUCCCUCCAAACAUACAUGAACUUUGCAAACUUUACAGUUAUGUUGAGACUGAAGACCAAAGACUAGACAAACACAAAGAAAUCAUCUGUGUGGAGAAAGCGGCUUAUCUGCCCGUCAUUAGAAGGUAUUUGUGACAAAUUAACAUAUUGGAUAAAAAUAAUAAGUUAAUAACUCAUUUAUAUUAAUAGUAAAUUAUUAAUAGUGAUAAAUGUAUACUUUACCCUUCCCUAUCCUGUAGCAAUGUAUAUUUUAACAUAUUUUUCAUAGUGCCCAUAGAUAUUCACAAACAUUAAUCAUUGUUAAUAUCUGUCCCAGAUAUCACAACCUGUUCCAAUAUAGAUGACUCAGUUUGUUCUUUAUUGUAUUUUUAAUUAGUUAAUCUAACAGUGUUAAUGUAAUGAAAGAUUUGUUAGAUGGUAACUCUUAUUUAUGGCUUUUCUUAAUGGCAGCAGGGAACUUCAGCAGCUUCUAACUUUUCCCUUAACCCUUGUAUGGUGUUCGGGUCUGUGAGACCCAUGCCAUUUAGAGGCCGUUGCCCCUUUAGGCAGCAUAUACCAUCAAAACCUGCAAAAUAUGGUAUAAGGAUAUGUACACUUGAUUAGAACUGAU